CAGUACGAACGAAUGUGUGUCUCUCUCUCUCUCUCUCGGUGUGUGUGUGUGCGGCAGGACAACAGCAGAAGCAGCACACGAAGAUGCCAAUGCCAAUGAGGACACAGCAGGAUGCGAGAUGGACGCAAAAGCGAAGGAAAGGGGCAAAGGGAAAGAGAAGACGAAGCAGCUGGAUAUGAAGUUGGAAAUCGUCCUCUGAUGGCCCAGUUGGGGCUGCUGCUGCUGCUGUUGCUGCUGUGGCACUCUGUGUGGACGUCUGUGGGCGUCACAGUUGCCGCAUGCCUUUGCCACGUUUUCCACAUUUCUUCGGCUUCUUCACCGUUAAUGGUUUUAUCUUUUCCUUAUUGUUGCCGCUGCCACAAAACGUUGCACCCACCCAUAGAUCGAUCGAGUGGCAAGCGUCCGAGUCCGAGUCGGAGUCCGAGAGUCAGAGCCAAAGCCUCGAGUUUCCGUUUUCGCACAGCGAAUUCGAACAGCGACCGCAGAGCAGACGACAGUCGGACGCUGAACAAAUACUCAACUCUCUUGUCCGAGGGAGGGACGGAGAGAGGAGCAGGUGCAGCCACAAUAGACAAUGACAAACGAAUAGCCGCAGUCGCAAGUCCAACUCGAAACUCAAACUCAAACUCACAACUCGCAACUCGUUCAUUCCUGCAUUCGGCGCCCAGUUUCAGUUCGACUGCUGGCAACGACUUUAAAAUACCCUACCCUUUGGUAUUCUUAGGUAUACCUUAUAGUUAAGGAGAAAGAUGUGUGUAAUGUUUAUUAAAAAGUUAAUCGCUUACUUUUGGUUUACGGCUUUUAAAAUUCUGCAAAUUUACUU